GGCAAAACGUCAAAAGCAAAAAAUGGCGAUUUUUUUCACGACCUCUUGCUCCAAUGUUUCGCGAUAGUGUAUUAAAACUUUGGUAUUUUUCUUAUAAAUUAACAAUACAAAAAUUUUAUAUUUUUACAAAAACUAUUAGUUAAAUAUGUGUAUUCAAUAAAUUUAUAAAAAUUUCAAGAGUUUAAUAGGAUUUCAAGCCUAAAAUCACGUGAUAAAAUUGAUGAAAAAUUUGCAAAAAAAGACGGUGGAAGAAAUUUUUGGACCCACCACAAGUUAAAAAAACUUAAAAUCGGAAAAAAAUGGUGGAGCAUGAAAAAAACUUAUAAAAAAAAACUAAAUUGAUUUGUGUAUGGAAAAAUUAAUGAUAAUGAUAAAGUAACAACAAUGGUUGAAUGUAAUCCAACCGACCCUUCACCCUUAACUACUACCACAACUACAACAACUACUAUUAUUAAACGAACAACAAAAGCAGCAGCAGCUACAACGACAGCAAAGAUAUCGUCAAUAAAAACGGUACAACAAAAACAAAAACAAGAGCAAUUGCUACGGCUGCCUCCUAACAAUAUCAAAAAUAAUAACAACUUCGUAAUCAUCAUUCAAUCAUUUACGACAAAGAUAUUUUGUUACCUAUAAAUAUAAUAAUUUUAUUAAUAAACAACAUUAAAAUACAACAAACUGAGAACAACAACAAUUACCUAUAAUAGGAAAAAAUACUAUUUUUAAAUUUGUUAUGGUGGCGCGAUGUUUCUUUUUCUAUUGGUGGUUACUUCUGCUUAUCAUGUUUAAAAGAUUAUCCUUCUGAUGAUGUUAAAAUGCCUGCUUUUAUAAAUGUUUACAUUUAAAUUUACUAUAAAUUAUUAAAGUUAAAUUACAAAUAUUAAUUUGCAGUAAACAAAACAACAUUAACAACAAAAACAUGUAUACUCUAUUGAAAAAUAAUUUGUUUAUUAAAAAUGUUUACAUUUUUCAAAAUAUGCGAACUUUUGCUAAAUCAUUGUUUAUUCUUCAAAUAUCAGUGUUACUUUAUCUUACACUUUGUAUGGAAGGAGUAAGCUUAGUACAGGCUGUACCUUUAACCACAAAUAAUUCAUUGCGGGAUAAUACAACUGUUGCUAAUUAUAACAGCAUGUCAUCAGAAUAUGAUCACACAUAUAGAGAUAGUUCUACAGCAUCAGCAACAACUACUACAACUACAAAACCGUAUGGUAUUUUAAAUGAUUCUUUACCUAUGAUGCUGGUCUCCCAGGUUACACCAGUCACCAUACAAAAUAAACCAAAAACUAAGAUUCGUGAUCGUCCUUUAAAAUGUCAUUGUGACAUUUGUAAAGACAACAAUUAUAUUUGUGAAACAGAUGGCUACUGUUUCACCUCAGUACAAAAGGAAACAUCAGGAGCAUUAAUAUUUAGUUACAGAUGUCUAAAUAUGUCACAAAGUUUUCCACCCGGUCGUUUUAUAUGGUGCAACGACGGUCGUAAUGGUGGUCCAACAGCCAGACCAGCUGCUAAACAUGGUGGUCAUGCUUGUUGCAAAAACUAUGAUUUAUGCAAUUUAAAUUUAAAACCUAUUAUACGUUAUUACGAUUCCCAUAAUGGGCUACAACUAAAUGACUCAACAAAAGAUUAUUUACCGGAGGAGAGUAUAAAUACUUGGGUGCUGGUCGCCAUUAUAUUUGGAGUAACAUUAGCUGCCUGUCUUUCGGUGUUCUUAUCAUGGUGCUACUGGCAAAAACGCAAACAGGGCAGUCGAGCUCGACCAUUUGCUCCUGAAGAUUCGGUAUAUGAUCCCAUACUGAAUGGCAACACUUUACAGGAUAUUAUAGAAAUGACCACAUCGGGUUCUGGAUCAGCGGGUCUGCCUUUACUCGUACAGCGCUCUAUCGCCAGACAGAUACAAUUGUGUCAUGUUAUAGGCAAAGGACGUUUUGGCGAAGUCUGGCGCGGUCGCUGGCGUGGCGAAAAUGUGGCUGUGAAAAUAUUUUCCAGUCGUGAAGAGUGCUCUUGGUUUCGAGAGGCCGAAAUUUAUCAGACUGUCAUGUUGAGACAUGAAAAUAUUUUAGGUUUUAUAGCAGCCGAUAAUAAGGAUAAUGGCACUUGGACUCAACUCUGGCUGGUUACCGAUUACCAUGAAAAUGGUUCUCUAUUUGAUUAUUUAACCUCCCAUACGGUUGAUACCAAAACCAUGCUUAGCAUGGCUCUAUCCAUAGCCACUGGUUUGGCUCAUCUGCACAUGGAUAUUGUGGGUACUCGUGGUAAACCUGCGAUUGCACAUCGUGAUUUAAAAUCUAAGAAUAUCUUGGUUAAAACCAAUCUCACCUGUGCCAUUGGUGAUUUGGGUUUAGCCGUGAGGCAUGUGGAGAAAAAUGAUUCCGUAGAUAUACCCUCCACACAUAGGGUGGGCACAAAACGCUACAUGGCUCCUGAAGUUUUGGAUGAAACCAUGAAUGCCCAACAUUUUGAUGCUUACAAGAGAGCCGAUGUUUAUGCAUUCGGUUUGAUUUUGUGGGAGAUAGCGAGACGCUGUAAUAUGGGCAUGAUAUAUGAUGAAUAUCAAUUGCCAUACUAUGAUGUAGUGCAGCCGGACCCUAGCAUAGAGGAAAUGAAAAAGGUCGUCUGCAUAGAUAAAAUGCGCCCGAACAUUCCUAAUCGUUGGCAUGCUUCUGAAGUACUACACAGUAUGGCAAAAGUGAUGAAAGAAUGCUGGUAUCCAAAUCCAGUGGCACGUUUGACUGCUCUUAGAAUAAAAAAGACAUUAUCUAAUAUAAGUGUAGAAGAUAAAGUUAAAAACUGAUUGUCAAUCCACAAUCUAGUGACCAUAAAUUCACUAAAACCGAUUAUUUCACCCACAACAUUUCCCGUACAAACACAUCAUCAUCCUAUUAGCUUAUUAUAAUUAUCAUUACAACAAUAGCAAACAUCAGCAUUCCUUUCCUCAUAACAUUAAUCACUCCUCAUCUCACUCACUUAAUCACUUACUCACCUGCACCAUACCAACCAACUGAAUAUUUUAUAUAUUUGUGUGUAUGUAUACAUAUAAAGAAAUUUGUUUUUAUUUUAUUUUGUUUUAUUUUUCUUUCUGUUGAGCUUUAAAAUAAUUAUUGAUUAAUUCCAUUAGAUUUAACAUGUAAUGUAUUUUAGUUACAUACAAAUGUAACAAUCCUUGUAUAAAGAAAAUGUUUCCUUUUACAUAAGUUACUUUUUUUGUUUUAUUUGUUUAGUAUGUAUAAGAAUUUAAAUGUUUAAUUUAUAUACUAAUAUAUAUGUAUGUGUGUACUAUACUAUUUAAUAAGGCAGCUAAAUUUAAGAUUUUAUGUAAAAAAUUUUACAAAUAUUAAUGAAAAACAAACAAAAGAAAUCUUUAAGAUUAUAAAAGGCAUUAAAAUUAAACAGUUAAGUAAACCUACAAAAUAACAAAGUAAAAAUUCAAGAAAUUAUAAACUUAAGUUUUAACUUAUUUUGUAGGUGUAACUAAUUAGUAAACUAAAUUUAUUAUUAGAAAUAAUAUUUUUUUGAAAUAUAACAUAAAAUAAGUUGCUAAUUGUAUAUAAGAUUUGAAAGUAUAAAAAUACUAAAUAUAAGUAUAUGGAAAGUUUCAUAUCAGAACAAUUUUUGGAUUUAUUAUAAAAUAAAAAUACAAAACAAAAACAAAUAUACACAA